AUGUGGAGUCGACCCGUUCGCCGCGCCGCCUCGCAGAGCACGCGCCAACGCGUGCGCAUGGCCUCGACGAAGCGCUCGUCCGUGAACGGCAAAGGGGCGCUGGAUGGCGUCUACAAGACGUUCAUGAAGAGUACGCCGGUGUACGUGACGACGGUUCUGGUGGCGGCACUGGUGGGCGAAGGCGUCUACGGCGCGGCCACGAACUACGUCUGGGAGGCCAACAAUCGCGGCCGUUUGUACCAUCACGUUGACUGGUCGAAGUUUGCUGCAGAGGACGAAGAAGAAGAGGAGGAGGAGGCAGAGGAGGAAGGGGAGGCAGAGGACGCAGAGGAGGAGGAGGAGGGGGCAGAGGACGCGGGUGAGGGCAUUCACGAGUACGACGACGAAGACGCGUAG